UAGGUCGAAAUGGCAGAAUUGGAUAGCACAAUUUUGAGUCAAGCGCCGGAGACAUGACGACAUCCACAACCGACAGCUUACAAGUGUCUAGAAUCAACAGUCAAGACGACAACUCUCCUGCAGCAUGCGGAGCGACCGAGAGUCCGGUGAAAACCCAAAGCACAGUCGGAUCUCAGUUGUCGGGUAGUUGCGUAGCCGGAGCGGCAUCACUUGGUUCACAUGGUGUCGAGACGCCCCAAAAGUCCCGUGUUGAACUUGAGGUUGAAGUUAAUCUCCCCCCUCCACCGGGAAAACCUCCGCCUAGUCCAGAAAAGGUGUCACCGACAAUUCAACUCAAACGAACCUUGGAGGCCUUGCAAGAGAACCAUUCAGAACAGUUAAAAAUCAGCAAGUACUGGAAGUCAAAAAUAAGCGACCACAGGAGUCGAUUUUUCGACAGUUCUCCCGUUAGUAUAGCAACGGUUAGAAAGAAAAACAAGUUCGAAUCUUUUACAGAUAGUCUACAGACGAAGCAAUCUUUGAUUAAAACAUCAUCGUCGUGCAAGAAUCUGCAAGAGGUUGGUUAUGGAAGCGAAGUUAGUAUGAGGAAAUCCCUACUUGAAAGGUUUCUGGAUGAUUGCAUUUCUUUAAAUGAUUCUUACAGAGAUGAGAAAGCGAAACAAGUAGAAAAUGGCGUAUCAAAGUUAGAAACUAUUAUUCAGAAUGUAUCUCGACUUAGAGGUUCAUUUAAUAAGCCAAAAAAGUGUUCGACCAAAUCUCCACAUAUUAAGACUCCGAAAAAAGCGACCCAGAAGCUCUGUUUUCCGAGCUUCGAAACACAUUUAGCAGAAACUCAUUUGAGCGAAACUCUGGCUGAGGGAAGGUUAGUUAGAAAUGUUACGCAACAGGUUGGAGCAAGCUGUUCUAAUUAUAAUAAUAACAUUACUUCAAGUGUGAACAAAUUAAGCUACAAAAGUCCGAGACUAAAGCCGAGUUGUGAACAAAUGGAAGUAGUUGUUUUAUCAUCAGACGAAGAACAAACCGAUCAUUUGGAAACCGAACUGAUUAUGCAUGGACAAAUCUCAGAAGCGAGACACUAAAUUAACAUUUUUUAUAUUUUAUGGUUAGAAAUACAGAGUUACCUAGACAUUUUGUAAUUUAGUUUAAAAAGCGUAUUAGUACAGGGAAAUUUAA